AUGGAUCUAGACUUCUAUUUCCAGCAGCCCCGACAUCUAUAGGUCCCUCAGAGACAGUGUAUCUAAAGCACAUGGAAUAUUCAAAGGAGGUGCCAUCUUAAUGUGGCUUUAGAAUAUUGAUUUUUCAGAAUCUGAGAUGAGGUAUUCCAGAGAGAGAGAAUAACACAACGCAAAACCACAGAAGCAUUGGAAAACAAGGCAUGCAGGGAGCAGUAUGUUGUUUGGUUUGAAUUGUUUGACACAGUGACUGCCUACAUUAAAACCUUGGCUCCCUCCAUGCAGGCUGUGUAUUUUGGACAAGCCACUCAGCUUCUCUAGGACUUGGCUAACAAUCCAUCAAAUGGGGAGAAUUAGAGCACCUAACGCAUAAGUUGGUUUAAGGGUUAAAGGAGGUGAUAGAUAUAACUUGCUUACAAAUGUCUAGCAUACAACAAACACUCAAUAAAUGGUUGUUAUUGUUUAGUUGUAAUAACAUUGUGAACAUAGAGCACACUGGAGCAGACAUGAAACUGGGAAGCAGAAGAGAGAAAAUUAUACAGGGUCUUAAAUUGUGGCCUACUGAGUUUGGACUUUAUCCUAGAAAUGGAGGGAAGCCAGUAAAUGUUUGAACAAGGGGCAGACAUGAUCAAAUUUUUCUGUUAGAAAGGUCACGCUGGCUGCAAGGAGGAGGGUGGGAAGAUCUGGAGAGAAUGCAGGCAGAGCUGGUUGGGUGUGGAGGAUGAGGGUGAGGAAGCUCAAGUUUGGACAACUGGAAUGGGGAACUCACAUUUUCUGAGAGAUGGUGUUUGGCCUUGGCUCUGUGGCACAUAUGGUUCUAGGAAAUAGAUUUGGGAGCUACCUCGGUGUCAACUUGGGUUUUGGCUUUGGAGUCACCAUGGGAGUGCACGUGGCAGGGAACAUCUCUGGGGCCCACAUGAAUGCAGCCGUGACCUUCACCAACUGUGCACUAGGCCGCAUGUCCUGGAAGAAGUUUCCUGUUUACAUCCUGGGUCAGUUUCUGGGUUCCUUCCUGGCUGCUGCCACCAUCUACCUCCUCUUCUACUCAGCCAUUAUCGAAUUUUCGGGCGGACGUCUGGCAGUGACUGGUCCCACAGCCACCGCUAACAUUUUUGCCACCUACCUUCCUGACCGCUUGACGUUGUGGAUGGGCUUCCUGGAUGAGGUGAUAGUGACAGGGAUACUGCAGCUAUGUCUCUUCGCCAUCACGGACAAGGAGAACAACCCAGCACUACAAGGGACACAGGCCCUGGUGAUUGGCAUCCUCAUUAUUGUCAUUGGAGUGUCCUUGGGCAUGAACACAGGCUACGCCAUGAACCCAUCCCGGGACCUGCCUCCCCGCUUCUUCACUUACAUUGCUGGCUGGGGUAUACAGGUCUUCAGGGUCCGGGAUUGGUGGUGGGUGCCAGUGGUGGCACCGCUCCUAGGUGCCUACUUAGGUGGCAUCAUCUACUUGGUCUUCAUUGGCUCCAGCAUCACACAGAGGCCCCAGAUAUUGGAGAACUCCAUGGUGUAUGAAGACCGCAGAAUACCCGUGCUGCCCAAGACCAUGCAAAUCCCAUCCAUGACCUCUUCCCUCACCCCUGUCUCUGUGUCUCCCGCCAACAGACCCUUAGCCCAGACUGUCCCACCCUUAAGUGACCCCAUCCACCUACAGCACUUCUAAGUGCUUACUUCUAAGUAAGAUUAUUUGUGACCCUAUCCCCCCACUCCAAUAAAGAAAGCCUUGUCCAACACAGUGGCACCCUCACUUCCUGGGUGCCUCCUGUGGUUGGGCUUCCCUCCUGGAUUUUUCCAGGAACUCCAUGGUUAUGCAGUAGUCCAGGGCUGGAGCACAGAGCUGAUAGGUCUCUAACUCCUUCCUGCCUUGGGAGCUGGGGCGACCCUGGGGGAGAAUGGGGGAAGACAACCUACGGCCUCAGUAGGAACAGGAGAUUAAAGGAUGCCAGACACAAAAUGGUGGAUUUUUCAGGCCUAGCGUAGGGAAGGGAUGGUUUUGGGGGAAAGGAAAACAGCUAGCUGGGGGUGAGCAGCCCUAGGAUAGGACUCUAGACUCUCCUUCAGUUCUAGCUAGUCCUUGGACCAGAUAAAACAAGGCCCAAGCAUAUAGAUCAGAGUUUCUCAACUUUUUUUUUUCAUUAUUAGUCCCCUCAGAAGCCUUUUAGACAUUUUUAUUUAUUUAUUUAUUUAUUUAUUUAUUUAUUUAUUUAUUUAUUUAUUGGUGUUCAAUUUGCCAACAUAUAGAAAAACACCCAGUGCUCAUCCCAUCAAGUGCCCCCCUCAGGGCCCGUCACCCAGUCACCAUUUUCUUUCUUAAUCACAUAUUUUAAUCCCAUAGGUAUACUUAUAUCUGUUUAUUUUAUACAAAAUACAUUAUACAAAAAAGAGUAAGAUUUUUUCAUCUUCUUCCAAAAAUCCAUGUUCUCACCCCUGGAGGCAAAAUCACCCCUUGCCUUGAAAAUGCCUAAUGUAGACUGAAAGUAGGUAAGGGGUUUGAUUCCACCAAGGAAAUCCAGAGUCAGAAGGAAGAUGCAAAGAAGGAAGUUCUUUCAAAAGGUACAGAGAUAGGAAAUGGCUUCAUGGGAUUCAGAUGGACAGGCACAGAGGUUGCUGGAGGUGGGACAGCCAGCAUCUUCACUCACUCCGGAAUGGAGCAGGAAUUAUCCUGCUUUGUGGGACUCAGAGGCAGCAUCACCCAUGGUUCCUGUCAUUGUUUGUGCAUUCAGCCUUUCAGCAAUUAUUGAGUACCUCCUGUGUGCAGGCCCUGCCUGGGCACUGCAGAUGUUGAAGAGGGUGAGGCUGAGUCUCUGCCUUCAAGGAGCACAGUCUAAUGAGGAUAGGUAAUCAUGCGGAAGGAGCUAAGUGGCAGAGAGGGGGCUGUGGAGUUCAGAGGGGGAUCCUAGCCCAGCAGUGGAGCAGAGGUCAGGGAUGGCUUUCCAGAGGUGGAGGCAGAGCGAAUAGAGGAUAAGGUUGUCUGUUCUGGGGUUGUUUGCUUUUUGCAAUUGAGGAGACCGGGGCAAGGAGGCUGGGCUUUCUUCUGGAGAUGGGAACAUGGUGACAUGAGAUUUAGCAAGCUUCCCUGAGCUGCAGUGUGCAAGCUGCUGGGAAAGGGGAAGAUUGGAGCCUGUGGUGGAGUAUGGGGAGAGGCAAUAGUCCAGGAGGAGCAGCAGGUGGGGGAAAGAGGAUUCACUAGAUACCGAGGAGGUAAAGCCUAUAUGGCUUAGGCUUAAAUUGGGAGAAGUGGGUAAGGACUGGCAGGGGUCAGGCUGAUUUCAGUUUUUGGCUUGGGCCUGGGGCAUUGGAGAUAUGCCCCCUGAGAAUAUGCAUGGCAGACAAACUGGUUUGGAGAGGAAGAUAAGUUAUAUCAUGGAUAUGUUGAGUUUGAGUUGCCUAUGGGACUUAGGGGCAAGAAGUGUGUAUCUUGAGCAAGUUACUUAGCCUCUCUGGGCUUCCUUUAAAUCAUUUGUAAAAUGGAUCUAAUACCACCUACCAUUUGUGUCGCUGUGGAUAUUCAAUGAAAUAAAACAAAACACGUACAACGCUGAGAAUAGUGCUUGGCACAGAGUAAGUGCACAAUAAACUAUUAUGUCUUUUAUAUGGUCUGGAGUUCAGAAGAGUUGAAGAUAGAGAUUGGGGAAGUCAUGGCUAUGUGGAUAUCAAAGGAGGGUCAGUGGACAAUGUCCUGGGAGCAUAGCUGGGAGGUGGGGAGUGGGUACCUGAAUGAGGAGGGGCACAAGGUGGGUGAUCACGGGGCCUGGAAACAAAGCCAAAUGCCCAUCAGUAUGCCCAUCAGUAGGGGAGCAGGUACUUACCUUGCCGUACAGUCACAUUCAACAGACCUCUUUAGACUUCUGUCAUCCCCAUGUCCCUAGGAGAUGGCCUUGGAGGUAGGGCAGUCAGUGGGUCUAUCCAGAACCUGCUUGCUGUCUACUGCUUUGCCACAGACAUGCAUUAGGCUCAUUGCCCAUAAUACCCUGCAGUUUUUGAUUCCAGGGUUAGGCUCAGAUGAGCCCUGACCAUGGUCACACAGUGUUUCUGUGCACAGACCCCUUUCAUUUUCUUGGCAGAAGUUGGUUGAAAUUCUACAAUAUGCCAGACACCAUUUUGGUGCAGAGGAUAUAGGCACAAAAAAGAAACUGGAGUUCUUGUUCUCAUAGAGCUGACAUUCUGUGCAAAACAUAGUGUGUUAGUGAUACAUACUAAGGAGGAAAAGCAGGAGAAAGGGACAGGAAGUGUGUGGGGCUCUAAAGACCAAAGACUUCACUGAGAAGCUGACUUUGAGUACAGAUCUGAGGGGGAGAGGGAGUGAACUGUGUGGACACCUGUGAGAGGAGCAUGCCAGGCUGAGGGAACGCCACUGAAGGGCCCUCAGGUGGGAGCAUGGAGGACUGCUGCUGGAAUGGAAAAAUGGAGGGAAGAGUGGAAGAAGGUAAGGUCAGACAAGUAGGUUAAAACUGAGGCCAGGCCCAGAGGAGAGGUAAGACCAAGGCCUGGGGCAGAGGUAAGGGAGGUCUCUGGAAGAGAGGGGCAGGUCUCACUGCAGGCAGGCAGAAGGGAAUGAAGUAGAAUAGGGUGGGUGGGUGUCAUGGUGCCUUGUGGGUCCCUGGCUCUUAGCUCUGCUGUGUGUCUGUGUGUGUGUGUCUCUCUCUCUCUCUCACACACACAGUCUCUCCUAUAACCACUCCCUGGCUGGAUCCAGGAGACACAUCAUUUAGCUCUGGGAGCCAGGUUAGGAUAGGAGUCAUGAAAGUCCUGUCUUUGCUCCCUGGCCUCAGACUGGCUGUGUGACCUAGAUAGAACCCCUCCCCUCUCUGGGUCUCAGUUUCCCUAUCUGUGCAUUGAGGCUUGGAUGCGUUGGUGUCUAGAGUAGACCCCAGAUGUGACUUCUUCCAGUACUUUGAAGUCUCAUGUCAUGACCCCACUUCUCUCCCCCCCUCCACCUUGAGGCUGUGGUUGAAAUGGGGACAGGGUACGGCAGGAACAUCCCCAGCCUCAGGCCAGGCCACUGCAGGGCUUGCCAGAUAAAGGCUAGCUCCUCAGCCUGGUGGUCCUGGCUUUGGGAGAGCCCCUCACUCCCUGUCCUUGCCUGCUCUCCCACUCCCACUCAGAGCCUCCAAGGGAAGGCACUCGCAGGCAGCACUCUGGUCUGGCUAGUCUGUCUCUUCCCUCAGGAUGAGGUUCUGUAGCCCAGAAAAAGUUGGAAGCAGCCAUCUUGUGCCAGGCUGGGGUGCUGAUGCCCUCAGUAGGAGGCAGCUAUGGUUGCUCAGCUGUACAGCCUGGCUGUGGCCAUGCACUGACCUCUGCCGAACCUAAAGUGGGAAAGAGGUAUGACCCAGCUCUCCUGGGUGCCACAGCGUCCACACUGUGGCACCUAAGAGCACAAAGAGGGCAGCCAGGCUGGAUGCAAAUGCUGGCUCUAGCACUCACUAGCUGGAUAACUUUAGGUAAGAGGAUAAUAAUAGCUCCCACUUCACAAGGCUGCUGGGAUGAGAAAAUGAGCUAUGCCUGGCAUGUGGGCAGUGUAUUUGCUGUUACCACUUUACACCCUUUCGUGGUCUUCAUAUCCUCAUGCCCAUCUUAUAUCCAAUAAUGCUGAGGCCUGGGAAGAUUGGCUUGGUAAGGGGUAAACAGUAGGAAUUCUAGUCCUUACCAAUUUGGUUUUGGCUAGUUUUUUUGUUUUGUCUCUAAAUUGUGCAAUAUACUCUAUGAACAUGCAUAUAUUAUAUACAGAUACGUUAAAAUAAUGAAACACUAAAAAAACAAAGACCCCCCCCAAUUAACAAAUAACCCCAAACACCUAAGUGCCCUCCACUGAGCUUUGGCAUGUUAUCGAACCUCUCUGGUCCUCAGUUUCUUCAUCUGUAAAAUGGGGAUAGUGAGGCUCAGAGGGAUGAGGUAUUUCAGGUUUCAGUUUUGCCAUUGGCAUUUGCUAUGAUGAAGCAAGGUGAGGAAGAGUUUGUCAGAGGCCAUGGUCUUCGCUUAUGUCUGUGCUCAGAGUCAAGGGGAUGGGUGGGUGCUGGAGGGGAUGCUCUAUGCUCUGGGCUCUGUGGGGGGUCUGGAUGAGGGCAGCUGGAGGUUCAGAGGCUGGGUCAGGGGCAGAGAGAAGACACACAACUACGAGCCAGGUACACCCAGGCACACAGAUGAGGUAAAAAAUCUAGGACUGAGCCUUUGAGUCUUCCAGGGACCCAAAGCCACACUGACCGAUUCCUCAGAUGGGGGUGGUCCUGGCUGACAACAGUCCAGCCAGCACCAGCAAGAACGUGUUCCCGUCCUCCCCCCAGCACCAGAUCCUCCACUUCUAUUCUGGCUUCUGGCCCCAGGUCAAGGACAUCAGGGAAAAGAUGAACUCCUAAGGACUCAGUGCUGGGGCAGGGGAGACUGGAAGGUGGUGGUGUAUAUACAAGGAAACAGUUUAGAGGUUGAACAUGCUGACCUGGAAGUGCCUGUGGGGCAUCUGGGGAUAGACACAGGCUGGGCUAGAGAUCGAGCUCAGAGUGGCAUGCAAAGGCUUGCAGAUAGAUGAGGUGGCCCACGGAGAGAUGAUGGAGUCCUGGGAACACCUAUGUUUACAAGAUGGCUAAAGGGGAGAAAGCAGCAAAGGCCCAGGAUCCCAAAUACUCUGAGGCCCUGACUUGUACCAUGGGACUGGUCCCUUCUCUCAGAAGGUUCAGAUGGGUCAGGGCAAGCAAGAGAAGCCAAGACUCUCUUAGGCAACCAGGAGGAAAACUCCAGACCCCUACCACACAGGACUUCCCUGUAGCACUGAGUAUUCCAGCUUCAACCCUCAACUCUUGCUCUGGAAAUGUCUGACUCCUGCCCUGUCCUCAGAUCCCUGGCCUCUAGAUGAUGGAGAAUGCCCAGGGCACAGUCCUUGGACCUCUUCUCUUUCACCCUCCUUUCCAACAUACAAAUACCAUUAUAUGCCAACAGCUCCCCAAAUUAGAUCUCCUGUCCAAUCCUGUUUCCAGACUUUAGAUUCCCAUAUAAAACCACCCACUGGACAGAUUUUCAUCCCCAAGCCUGCUCCUCCCACACUCUUUCCUAUCUCAGUAAAUGGCAAAUUCAUUCUUCUCAUUGCUCAGGCCAAAAUCUUUGAAGUCAUCCCUGACUCCAUUCUGUCUCAUACUCUAUCCACAUCCCAGCUGUUAGCAAAUCGUAUAGGUGUUACCUGCAAAAUUAUCUAGAAACCAACCACUUCUCAUUACCCCACCACCAUCACCCAGGUUUGAGCCAGUCACCUCUCUUGGAUUACAGAAGUGGUCUUCUGAUCAUCUUCCAGCCUUUUUGCUCUGACUCACCCAUAUAGUCUCAAUACAGCAGUUAGUGUUCCUUUAAAAAAAUAAGCCAAAUCAUUUCAUCCCUCUUCCCUAAGCCUUCCAAUGGGCUCCAGGUCCCUACUUCUCUCUCCCUAUAGCCGGAUGGCUUUACUGUUCUUGUUUCCACCACUGAGCCUUUGCAAUGGCUAUUCCCUCUGCCUGGAAUGUUCUUCCUUCAGGUAUCUGCAUGACUUUUGUUUUCCCUUCUGUGCUUACACUGUUUAUAGCAACAAACAAAACAGUAUUAAAAAAACAAAUGGAAAGGUGAUAAUUUUUAAACAUAUUGGUUAUAAACUCUACUAAAAACUUUAAAGAGCUUUUUUUGAGGCAAAGUGAAGCACCACCUCACCCCAUCCCCAGGCUCCUGGUUUGGGGAUACAUACUGCCCCCCAGCGGCCAUUCUAGGAAAAAAGUCCCAUCUUCUGGGGGUUGCUGGUGUACUCUACAUUGGGACACAGUAUAAACUUCCAUCCCAUCUAUCCUGACCUGCCAGAUAAUACAGCCCCAGGGACUCCAAGGCACUCUGUGUGAGCUUUCCUUGUUCUGUGUAGUGGAAGACAUAGGUUUUGGAGCCGGACCUUACGGAAUUUCAGAUCCCCUUAAUUAUUCACUGAGUGAUCUAGGUAGGGCAAAUCUUCAACCUUUAGUUUCCCCACUGCUAAAAUGGAGAUAGUAAGAAUGUACACUUCAGGGGCAUCUGAGUGAGUCAAUCAGUUGAGCGUCCGACUCUUAGUUUUGGCUUAGGUAAUGAUCUCGGUCGUGGGAUCAAGCUUUGCAUUGGCCUCUGCGCUCAGUGGAGAGUUGGCUUGAUAUUCUCUCUCCCUCUCCCCUCACUCUCACACUCCCUAAAAUCAAUGUAUCUUAAUGUGUAUGUAUAUACAUAUACAUACAUACUUCAAGGGUCUUUGAGGAAUGAGAGGAGCACAGAGCUUGAUGUAUAUUAAGUGGUCCAAAGCUGUUAUCUACUAUCAGAGGAGAUUCUUGGUGAAGUGUGGGUGCAUGAGUACCUUGGACUCUCUCCCCCUUGCAUCCAACCUGGGGUGACUGAAAGGGAGUUGACUAAAGGCCCCAGCCCUUGCCAGAGCAGCUUUGCAACUGCUUUGUUCCUUCCCCCAAGUGAGCUAUGCUGUCAGACAGUCGUGGGAUGAGCUCGAGGCUUGAUUGUGCUAAGAUGCCACUUUACACUGGGAGAAUCUCCCCAUCUCUUAGAUCCGGUCUACCUACUACCCUUCCGCCCCUUUUUAUAUUUUUAUUUAUUUAUUCGAGAGAGAGAGAGAGAGACAGAGAGACAGAGAGAGAUAGAGACAGGCAGAGGGAGAAGCAGGCUCCAUGCAGGAAGCCUGACGUGGGACUUGAUCCCAGGUCUCCAGGAUCAUGCCCUGGGCUGAAGGUGGCGCUAAACCGCUGAGCCAUCCGGGCUGCCCCUCACUACCCUUCCAAUGGCUUGGGACAGACACUUACGUGAUAGAUGGGGAGAUCAAUGCCUAGACACUGGAAGCGAACUGCCCAGGGUUCAGACUGAGUUGAAGCAGCCAAUCAGGCAUCCUAGCAGUUUAGCUGAGUUAUAUGCAGCCAGGUCUCCCAGGAGGCUAUGCCUUAUGAAGAGUGACCACAUAAAGCCUGGGGCUGAGAGCAGCCUGGGCCACUGAGAAGGACUCCAGGGGAAUUCUGUUUGGAGAAGACAGUAGCCCUUUUCUUGAGGACUCAGACCCCUCCUGGCCUAGAGGCAGUUCUAGGCUGGGAAACCCAAAACCUAGAUUACAGCCUUUGCCUGACUUACACUGAGUGUGAUUCCAUGGGGCCUUGUCCCUUCUGGGCUAGGCCUUUGUAGACUAAGGGGUCAGGCUAGUUUUAGAGCUUUCCCUGGGGAUUUGUGAGCUCUAAAAGGCCAGAAGAGAUGGUAUGGGACAUUUGUGCUGAGGCCACAUAGGGAGCUCAAGAGGAAGAAACUCCCCAACAGGUAUGGGAGGGCAUAUGGGAGGACUGAUGAGGAAGGCAGGUCUGUGAAGGUGACCAGGUAUUCCUUCCCAUUUUAAAAGUCACACUGGCAGGUUCUCAGAAAGUAAGGUCUCCAGGCUUUCAGGCAUGAAGCAAGAAGGCUGACACUAUGUGAGGAGCCCCACCCCCAAAACUAAAUCACAGGACCCACUGUUUGAAACUUUGAACCUCUCCUACGAGACUGGCAUUCUUUCUUCCCCUCCAUGGUCUGUUCUCUGGCCUGUCCAGGACAGGAUCCAGAGCUACCUCACAGACUCUGCAAUCAGGAGGGCUUGCUUUCAUCUCCAAGCCUGAAUACAACCUCCCACUGCACUGCAGACUGGCAGGCAGCUCUCUCAAACAAGCCAGAGGGAAUUCCAGAGAUAAGAACUUGGGUCCCUGUAAAGCUCUGGUCCCAUAAAGAAUCUCCUGGUGAAGGAUAGUAGGGCUGGAAGGGGAAGGGGUGCUGUCACCUGAUUUCUCAGUAAGCAAUAGUGUGAGGUCUUGGUGCCUAUCGGAUCCCUCCACAAAUGGCUCUUUUUAGUCCAUGCUCAUGUAGUCUUGCCCAAGGCCACUGCUCAGUGGAGGAUCCACCAAUCCCACGAGAAGCAGUUUCCCCUUGCUGAGGGGCUCUGGGGUCCCUUCAGUGAUCCAAGAGUGUUAGCUCCCUGCUGAGGCUGAGUAGCCUAUCCGAUCUCACGAAAUCUCUUCCCUUUGCAGCACCAAUCUCCAUCAUCCUUAUCUUCUCACUUCAAUCAUUCCUACAGCUCUUGGCUGGGCUGCUUGCCUCAAAGUUAAUCUUCCAAUCCCUUCUUCACACUCUGCCUGAGACACUGCUCUAGAACAGGGUGGGCAAACUAAGGUCCUUAACCAAAUCCAGCCUGCUGCCUGAUUUUUGUACAACCCAUGAGCUAAGAAUGGUUUUUACAUUUUUAAAUAGCUGGAAAAAAAUGACGAUAUUUUGUGACAUGUAAACUGUGUUAGAUUUUGAUUUCAAGGUCUAUAAAUAAGGUGAUCCUAGGACAGAGUCAUGCUCAUUUGCUUAUGUAUUAUCUGCGGCCACUUUGACAUCAUAAUGGCAGAAUUGGGUAGCUGCAACAGAAACUAAGAUUCACAAAGCCUUAAAAUAUUUCCAAUCUGGAUUUUACAGAAAACAUUUACUGGUAAUUCCCACUCUGCAUCAAAACCCCAACCAUGCCAUACUUUGCUUAGGACCCUCCAGUGGCUCCCUAUGGCUCUCCACAGCUGACCUCUUCUUUUCCACCUCUCAGCCUCACCACCUGUUCUUCUACUUGUCUGCCCAUUCUGGACAACUAAUCUUUCCUCAACCCCACCACAAACCAUAUUCCUGGGCUUGUCUUAUAUGGUUUACCUUUUCUUGGCAAGACUCUCUCCUUCCCGUAAUGGCAGUCUACCAUCUUAGGACUCAGCCCAAAUGUUUCUUCCUGUUUCCCUUCUCUCAACCAUGAAAAUUAACCCAUUCCUACAAUACCACAGGAAACUCCUCUUAUAGUUCUACUUAGUUUUUAAUGACAGACUAAUGACCUAUUUGUGCCAGAUCAACCAAUUUCAUUAUAAAUAUUUGCUCAGGUGGGGCACCUGGGUGGCUCAGUUAAGUGUCUGCUUUUGGCUUAGGUCACCAUCCAAGAAUCCUGGGAUGGAGGCCCUCAUCCGUUCCCUGCUCAGCAGGGAGCUUGCUGCUCUCUCUCCUUCUGCUAUUCCCCCUGCAUGUGUUCUCUCUCAAAGAAAUAAAAUCUAAAAAAAAAAAAAAAAAAAAAAAAAAAAAAUAUUCAUUCAAGUAUGUGUUCUCUGCUGGAUUACUAACUGAAAGAACAACUACAGCCUUAGCACAAGGCUGCAUGGGGUAGGCACAUAAGCAUUCACCAGAAGAAAUCUGUUUACAUUCUAUAACUUUACUGGGCUAAUAUGAAGACGCUUAUAUGUUUUCCAGAUACCAAGUAUCUUUUUUUUUUUCUUAAGAGAGAGAGAGGGCAAGGGGGAGUGGGAGAAGUGGGGCGAGGGGCAGAAGAAAAAAAUCUUAAGCAGUCUUCAUGCCCAAUGUGGAGCCCAAUGAGGGGCUUGAUCUCCCAACACUGAGAUCAGGACCUGAGCCAAAAUCAAGAGUCAGAUGCUUAACUGACUGAGCUACCCAGGUGCCUCUUUUUUUUUUUUUUUUU